CUGAAGCAUGUGAGUCAUGACGGUUUCUGUGUCUCCCUUCAGCUCUACAAGCGCUUCAGCCUGCCGGGGAAACCGAGUGAAUCAAUGGGGAAAGGCCGGGACUGGAACGUGGACCUGAUCCCUAAAUUCCUUAUGGCCAACGGCCAGCUGGUGCGCAUGCUGCUCAUCACAAAGGUGACCAAGUACCUGGACUUCAAAGUGAUUGAGGGCAGCUAUGUGUACAAGAAGGGCAAAAUCUAUAAAGUCCCCUCCACUGAGGCUGAGGCUCUGUCAUCAAGUCUGAUGGGCUUAUUUGAGAAAAGGCGCUUUAAAAACUUCCUUCAGUUUGUCGCAAAGUACGACCCGGAAGACCCCAAAACCAUGGAAGGCAUCGACCCCACAAAGACUCCAAUGAGGGACGUUUUUGCGAAGUUCAGUCUGGGUCAGGAUGUCAUGGACUUCACCGGCCACUCCCUGGCCCUCCACCGCACAGACGAUUACCUGGAUCAACCUUGCCUCGAUACGAUAAAAAGGAUCAAGCUUUACAGCGAGUCUCUGGCCAUGCAUGGAAAGAGCCCAUACCUCUACCCACUGUACGGCCUGGGGGAGCUUCCACAAGGGUUUGCCAGGCUGAGUGCCAUCUACGGCGGGACGUAUAUGUUGAACAAGCCCAUCGAGGAGAUCGUGGUGGAGGAUGGGAAGGUGGUGGGAGUCAAGUCUGAGGGAGAGGUGAGUAUUUUGCUCUCAAAUAUGUUUGAAUUCUCGUUG